AUGGAUGUGUCCAUGGGAGCUGCUGCUGGUGGGUCUGGUGAUGAACACGAAAAUCAGAACCCUCAAAAAGGGAAAAAGACCUACCAUCGUCACACCUCCGAUCAAACAGCUAGGCUUGAAGCAAUAUUCAGCGAGUGCCCUCAUCCAGAUGAAGGCCAAAGGCGUCAAAUAGCCAAAGAGCUUGGGCUGGCUCCGAAACAAGUCAAGUUUUGGUUUCAGAAUAAGAGGACUCAGAAAAAGACUCAAGGGGAGCGAGCUGAUAACAACGCUCUUCGUGUUGAGAAUGAAAGGAUGCUGAAAGAAAAUCGCCUAAUCAAAGAGGCAUUGAAGACUAUAAUCUGCCCAUCAUGUGGGGGGCCACCCUAUGGAGAUGAAGAACAUACUCUCAAGCAACUCCGCCUUGAAAAUACACGUCUCAAAGCAGAGCGUGAGAACGUGUCUAAACUUCUUGCAAAGUACUUGGAGAACCCGAUGGUAGAACCAGAGUUGGAGCUAGCUACUACAGGAUCUUCUUCAUCACAUGAUCCAUUACUGAAACUAACGGUUGAUGGUGCUUGCAUGAAUGUUGGUGGUUCAACAAAUGUUUCAUUCCCAGAUGAAGAUAUAAUGUUCAACCCUGUGGAGUGCAAAAUAUCAGACAUGGAAAAAGCAAUGAUGUUACGGGCUGCAAUGAAUGCUAAGGAACAAUUACUCAAGCUUUUGGCAGCGAAUGAGCCCUUGUGGAUAAAGUCUUCAACUGAUCGUAGAUUUGUUCUUCAUCCUGAAAACUAUGAAGAGCUCUUUCCAAGGGCUAAUCACUUCGAAAAUUCCAAGGGGCGUGUGGAAUCAUCAAAAGGUUCACGAAUAGUGAGAAUUAAGGCGAUGCAAUUGGUUGACAUGCUUUUAGAUUCGAGAAAAUGGACAAAUCUUUUCCCAACAAUUAUUACAAAGGCGCGCACACUCGAAGUACUUGAAAACGGUUCGUUGGAAAAUCGAAGUGGAGCUUUGUUGUUGAUGCAUGGAGAGAUGCACGUUCUUUCACCUUUAGUGCCAUCUCGGGAAUUCUUCAUUGUUCGCUAUUGUGAACAAGUUGAAGCUGGUAUAUGGAUGGUAGCAGAUGUGUCCGUUGAGUACAUGAAAGAGAACAACCCUAAUCUUUCCUUUUGGAAGUUACCCUCUGGAUGCAUGAUUCACGAAAUUUCUAAUGGGUCAUGCCAGGUUUUUUGGGUUGAACAUGUGGAAUUGGAUGAAAAUGUUCAAACGCACCAGCUGUAUAGAGAUCUUAUUAAUGGCAGCAUUGCAUAUGGAGCAGAGAGAUGGCUUAUGGAACUUCAAAGAAUGUGUGAAAGGUUUACUAGUGCCGAAUCUGAAUACAUCCCUGAUUAUGACACCGGAGUGAUCACUCUACCUGAAGGAAGGAGGAGUAUGAUGAGGCUUUCUCAUCGAAUGGUUAAGAACUUUUGUGCAAUUUUAAACAUGUCAAAUAAGAUGGAUUUCCCACAACAUUUAGCUGAGGAGAAUAGUGGGGUUAGGAUCUCCGUUCGCAAAAGCAGAAACCCAGGCCAUCCAAUUAGUGCCAUGUUUAUCAUUACUGCUGCUAUCUCUUUCUGGCUUCCUCUUCCUUCUAAGAAUCUUUAUGACUUCUUUAGAGAUCCAACAAACCGUGUUAAGUGGGAUGCUCUUUGUUAUGGAAAUCCAGUGCGCGAGAUUGCUCGCAUCGCCACCGGAAGUCAUCCUAGUAACUAUGUAUCAAUUAUUCGGCUUGUGAACCCAAAUCAGAACGGUGUGGCGAUCAUUCAAGAAAGUUUUAUUGAUCCUUUGGGAUCAUAUGUGGUGUAUUCUCCUAUUAAUAUAUCAGACAUAGAGAGGAUUAUAAAUGGUGAAGAUUCAGCAUUGGUGUCAGUUCUUCCAUCAGGCAUUGUGAUAUCAGAAGAUGAACAAUCUAUUGCAAAUGCUCGAGCAUCUAGCAGUGGAGAUGGUGACAAAAGCACAAGAGGGUCACUCAUAACUGUGGCUUUCCAAAUACUCAUGUGUAAUCCUGCUGCUAUGAACUUGGAAUCUGUGGCUGCUGUUAACUCGCUCAUAACCUCUACAGUCCAUAACGUAAAGGAUGCUUUGCUCAGUGAUUACCAUUUGAUGUUUUAG